GCUGCCAGCACAACGCCGGUUGAUUUAUUAUGGUAGCUGUCCAUUUCUUUAAAUUCUUGCUUUUAUAUACUUUUGUUAUGAUACAGAUAUAGAGUAUAUCAUUUUCGAGAGACAUAUCCUCUAAACAUUCAGACUUGUUUAACCUUAGCAUUUAAAAACAUCUGAAUGCUAGCAUUAGCGGGUGGGUUAGCGCCGACUUCGGUUGGCUAAUGUUAUCAUUGAAUAGACAGAUGUUUACUUAGCUCACACCAACGUGUGUGCAAAUAAGUUGAACAACUAUGGAGGACGAUCAACGGCUCGAUUUCUUACAAUAUGUUACACUGAAGACGUUGAAACUGAAGGCUGACAAAUGGCAGAAGUUUAUCGGUGCAGAAGAAAAUCGCACCAUGAUUGGAACUUUCCUAGAAAAAGCAGACGUCGAAGAGCUUGUGAUAUACAUCAAUUCGGCCUCACAGCUGGUAGUAAACCUCGGGUUUCCGCAAUCAAUUAAAACAAAAGCGGUGUAUUUCGUCAAACCCGACAGUAUAAAAAUUAGCAAGGAUAAUAUUAAACAACUUUACAUUGGAGAUGUCGCCUGUUCGCCCGUGGAAGCCACUAUUGGAGUAAUGGAAGAGAUUGUUUACCCUUUGCACACGAAUGGAGACAACAUCAAGUCCUGGCCCAAAGUUGUGUCUGAGGAUGUUACACGCCACGCUCACAAAUUGAAAAAUGAAGUGUAUGUUGUCGGUGGACAAAUCAAGGGGAGGACUUUUCUACCACUGCCAGAAAAUGUCGGCGAUUACUAUCAGUAUUCUUCAACAGUUGAUAGUAAGAUAAUGCAUGCUUUCGAGACGGUGAUAAUUGACUGGACUCAUCAAGUUGCAGAUGUGUUAAAUAAAGAUUCAGCCCAACCAAUACUAGACAAGCUUAAUCCUCUCCCAAAAGUGGAAUUUGAUUUCUGGAACAACAGAUUGAAGAAUCUUGAAUGCAUACAUGAACAGCUGAUGGAUCCUAGAGUGUGCAAGAUGGCAAACAUAGUUGAAACUGUAGGGAGCAUGUAUUGGCCUGCUCUGAGCAAAAUCUAUACAGAUGUCAAGGAGGGCUUGAAAGAAGCCCAUGAUAUUGUUAUGUACCUGAAACCUCUGCAGAAAACAUUAGAUGAAAUUGAACAGCUGGACUAUCCCCUGCUACCCACCUACAUUGAAUCUGUUAUGCACACUGUGUGUCUAAUAUGGGCACAUUCAGAGCAUUAUAGCCGUCCAGCCAGAGUUAUUGUUAUAUUACAGGAGAUAUGCAACCUCUUUAUUGAAAUGACCAGAAGUUACUUGGGUCCUGAUGAGGUGAUGAAAGGCUUGCAAGGAGAAAUAGAUGAAGUACUACAGACUAUUAAGACCAGUAUAGUUGUUCUGGUAACCCUCAGAGAGACCUACGACAAGUCCAGGAUGAACAUGGACAAAUACUUCACAGAAAAGCCAGCAAAACACUGGGAAUUUCCAUCAUAUCUCAUCUUCACGCGACUUGAUGCAUUUUUACUACGCCUGAAGACGAUAGAGGAGGUGUAUGUUGUCUCAACUGAGCUCCUGAAACUUGAAAAAGUAGACAUUCAGGGUGUGCGAGGAGGUGCCUUGGGCUCGCUUGUCUUCGGUAUCUAUGAGGAAUUCCUAGAACUUGUGAAAAUAUUUGCUGAAUGCAAAUACGAUGCUACUGACACUGAUGUCAAGACCUUUGAUGAGGACUAUAAGGAGUUCCAAGAACGAAUUAUGGACAUCGAGAUUCGCCUGGGAACCAUCCUCUGCCAGGCUUUUGAUGAUUGCUCAUGCACUGAGUCUGGUGUCAAGCUCUUUGAUAUGUUUGUGUUUAUCUUGGAGAGGCCUCACAUUCAGUCCCAGAUUGGCCUCAAGUACAAAGACCUGGUGGACAUGUUCAGCUCCGAGCUUGAUAUCGCAAAGUUGGUGUUCGAUGCUCAGAUGUCGGCAGCGGCAGUGCAUAAAGGCAUUCCCCCCAUUUCCAAAAACAUGCCUCAUGUGGCCGGACAACUGAAAUGGGCCCAAGAGUUGCGGGACAGAAUACAGACUCCCAUGACGAGCUUCAAAGCCAUCUCUCAUCCGUGCAUGGAUACCGAUGAAGCACGGCUUGUUUUCCAAAAGUAUGACGAGAUGAUGAAGCUCCUUAAUCACUAUUGCACACAAGUGUACACAAACUGGACCUCCCGAGUUGACGUGGAUUGCAAAUUCAAUCUGGACCAGCCUCUUCUUUUAAGAGACAAGGAGAAAAAUGUUCUGAGUGUCAAUUUUAAUAAGCAGCUUGUGGCAGUGUUGCGAGAAGUGAAAUACCUCACUAAUCAAGGACAGGAAGGUAUUCCGCCCAGUGCAGCUGAUGUCUUUGCAAAGCAUGAGACCUUCAGGAAGUAUGUUAGCAACCUGGAUCUCAUUGUCUUUUGGUACAAUGAGGUUUGUGCUACAGUGCUACCAGUAGAGUUUCCUCUCAUAGAAACAGAACUGAAAGGCAUCGAUGCACAGCUUUCACAGGCUGAAACUACUCUGUGCUGGAAUAGUGAUGGUGUCUGGGAGUAUAUUCAGAGAAUGAGGGACACCUUGAAAGACUUCCAAACAAGGAUCCAAUUAGCUAAAGCUAAUGUCAGUACCAUGCUCGUGAUCAUGGAUGAAUGGUCACAAGCACCUGUUUUCGAGAGGAAGGACAAUAAGAAAGAGACCUUGCUGGAUCUGGACAGUCGUCAGACUACAUUAAAGAAGAAGUACAAAGUCAUCCAGGAUGCUGGAGUUAGACUUCACUCAUUGAUAGAGGAAAAUAAGAAGUUGUUCAGAGCAGAUCCGCAGUCAGAAUCGUGGAGGGAAUACAUAGACUACAUUGACGGCAUGGUACUACAGGGAUUCUUCAAUGUUGUUAAUGUGUCACUGGAAUUCCUUUCUAACAAUAUGCAGGCAAAGAGUUGCAAGUAUCCUCUAUUCGAAGUACGCUUUGAGCUUGAAGAUGAAGACACAUACUUCCAUCCAUCUCUCAGUUAUGGUGUGUCAAAUAGCUUCUAUGAACUGGUGGAGAGCCUGACUGAUGACGUCUACAGUUGUGCUGCACUUGUUCCUCGUGUGUCCUUGACUAAUGACACUGGCUACCACGUGGAGUUGGAGGAGGUGCAUGAGCUCACAGAUUUACGCGAAGAGAUUAUGAAUCAGGUUCUCGAAGCUAUUAAACAGGCCCAAGACUUCAGGGAAGGCGUCUACAAGUAUGCUUACUUGUGGCAGGACAGUCGAGAUGAGUUCAUGGAGCAGUUUCUGUUGUACGGUAAAAUGCUCUCACAGGAAGACAUCGAAGCUCAUGGAGAUGAACCAGUGCCCACUAACCCUCCCACGCUGAUGGAGUUCAAGAGAGAGAUUGAUACCUAUGAAAACCUGUACAAGGAAGUGAGCACGCUUGAGAACUCAGCGUUGUUGGAGCAAUGGCUUCAAAUCGACACCAGACCUUUCAAACAUGUCCUACUGAAUAUUAUCAAGAGAUGGAGUUUGAUGUUCAAACAGUACCUCAUUGACCGAGUUACCAACAGUCUGAAGGACCUGGACUUGUUCAUCAAAGAUAGGAAGUGUGGCCUCUCCAAAACUGUGGAGGAGGGAGACUAUGACGGCCUGGUGGAGGUCAUGGGGCACCUGAUGAGAGUGAAGGAUCGGCAGGCAGCCACAGAUGCCAUGUUUGUCCCUCUUAAGGAAACCAUCGAGUUCCUCAAGGAGUACGGAGAAGAGCUGCCAGACGAAGUCCACGCUCAGCUACUGGACCUCCCAGAGCACUGGAACAACAUCAAGAAGUCUGCCCUGCAGGUGAAGCAGAACGUCGCUCCUCUGCAAGCACAUGAGGUCAACAUCAUCCGUAGGAAGUGCCAGCAGUUUGAGAUUAAGCAGCAUGAGUUCCGUGAGAAAUUCAGGCAGCAGCCAUUUUAUGCCUUCUCCUGUGAUCAACCACAUGGCUCUCUGGACAAGACCCAGGCAGCCAUUGUGUCUCUCGAAACAGAGAUGAAUGCCCUUUCUCGAUCAACUAGUUUGUUUGAAGUAAAUGUCCCUGAUUACAAGCAGCUGAAAGCCUGUCGGAAGGACAUAGCCUUGCUGAAAGAACUGUGGGAUAUGGUCUUGCUGGUGAAAGGAAACAUGGACGACUGGAAGACUACUCUCUGGAAGGAUAUCAAUGUGGAAGACAUGGAUAUGGAAACUAAAAAGUACGCCAAGGACAUCAAAGGCCUGGACAAAGAGAUGAGAGCAUGGGAUGCCUUCACUGGGCUGGACAGUAUGGUGAAGAACAUGCUGACGUCCCUGCGUGCCGUGGGAGAUCUGCAGAAUCCAGCCAUCAGAGAUCGCCACUGGCUUCAACUUAUGAUGGCCACCAAGGUUAAAUUUGAAAUGUCAGAAGAGACCACUCUCGAAGAUUUACUCCAACUGAACCUGCACGAGUUUGAGGAUGAAGUUCGUGGCAUUGUGGACAAAGCUGUCAAAGAGUCUGGCAUGGAAAAGAUGCUGCGCGAGCUGGACAAGACCUGGAGCAUCAUGGUGUUUGAGCACGAGCCGCACGGCCGCACGGGCACCAUGCUGCUGAAGCCCAACGAGGAGCUGGUGGAGACGCUGGAGGACAACCAGGUGCAGCUGCAGACCCUCAUGACCUCCAAGUACAUCGCCCACUUCCUGGAGGAGGUGUCCAGCUGGCAGCAGAAGCUCUCCACCGCCGACUCCGUCAUCUCCAUCUGGUUCCAAGUGCAGCGCACCUGGACCCACCUGGAGAGCAUCUUCAUCGGCUCCGAGGACAUCCGCCGACAGCUACCCGAGGACUCCCAGCGCUUUGAACAGAUUGACCUGGAUUUCAAGGACAUAAUGGCAGAAGCUGUCAAGACGACAAAUGUAGUGGAAUCCACAAACAAAAAGGGUCUCCUGGCAAAACUCGAGGAAUUAGAGCAAGGUCUGGCAGUCUGUGAGAAAGCUCUGGCUGAGUAUCUGGAAACAAAACGUCUGGCCUUCCCAAGGUUUUACUUUGUUUCUUCUGCUGACCUCCUGGACAUUCUAUCCAAUGGCAACAACCCUGUUGAGGUCAGCAAGCACCUGUCCAAGCUUUUUGACAGUCUGGCCAAUUUGAAGUUCCAUGUGGAUGACCAAGAUAAGCCAAUCAAGGAGGCCCUUGGCAUGUUCAGUCAUGAGAACGAGUUUGUCGAAUUCGACAUAGACUGCGACUGCUCUGGUCAGGUGGAAGUGUGGCUGAAUCGUGUCUUGGAGCGCAUGGUGGAAACAUUGAGAGCAGAGUUUGGGGAAGCAGUGCAGGCCUAUGAGGAGAAGGCUAGAGAGCAAUGGCUGUUUGACUACCCUGCUCAGAUUGCAUUAGCUACCACUCAGAUCUGGUGGACCACCGAGGUUGGCAUUGCCUUUGCCAGACUGGAGGAGGGCUAUGAGAAUGCAAUCAAGGACUACUUUAAGAAGCAGGUCACCCAGCUGAAUAACCUCAUCACCUUGCUCAUUGGAGAACUCACUAAGGGCGAUCGCCAAAAGAUCAUGACCAUUUGCACCAUUGAUGUCCAUGCUCGAGACGUCGUCGGAAAGCUGAUCUCCCACAAGAUUGACAAUGUGAUGGCCUUCAUGUGGCAGUCUCAGCUGCGACACCGCUGGGACGAUGCCAAGAAGCACGUCUUUGCCAACAUCUGCGAUGCCCAGUUCACAUACUCCUACGAAUACCUGGGCAACACUCCACGUCUGGUCAUCACACCUCUGACAGACAGGUGCUACAUCACACUCACCCAGUCCUUGCAUCUCAUUAUGGGGGGAGCCCCCGCUGGUCCUGCUGGUACUGGCAAAACUGAGACCACCAAAGAUUUGGGACGAGCCCUCGGCAUCAUGGUCUAUGUGUUUAACUGCUCCGAACAGAUGGACUACAAGUCUUGCGGAAACAUCUAUAAGGGCCUUGCCCAGACUGGUGCAUGGGGUUGCUUUGACGAGUUCAACCGAAUCUCAGUUGAAGUACUGUCUGUGAUUGCAGUGCAGGUAAAGUGUGUCCAGGAUGGUAUUCGUGACAAGAAGACCAUCAUCAAUUUCUUGGGUGAAAUGAUCAAGCUGAUCCCAACAGUUGGGGCCUUCAUCACCAUGAACCCCGGCUAUGCUGGCAGAGCUGAGCUACCUGAGAACUUGAAAGCCUUGUUCAGGCCUUGUGCUAUGGUGGUGCCCGAUUUUGAGUUGAUUUGCGAAAUCAUGCUGGUGGCCGAGGGCUUCAUCGAGGCCCGAAUUCUUGCACGCAAGUUCAUCACUUUGUACAGCUUGUGCAAAGAGCUGCUUUCCAAACAGGACCACUACGAUUGGGGUCUGCGUGCCAUUAAGUCUGUGCUGGUGGUGGCCGGCUCCCUGAAGCGCGGUGACCCGGGGCGACCGGAGGACCAGGUGCUGAUGAGAGCCCUCAGGGACUUCAACAUCCCCAAGAUCGUGAUGGACGACAUGCCCGUCUUCAUGGGGCUGAUCGGGGACCUGUUCCCUGCUCUGGAUGUGCCCAGGAAGAGGGACAUGGACUUUGAGAAGCUGGUGAAGAAGUCGGUGCUGGACCUGAAGCUGCAGGCGGAGGACAGCUUUGUGCUGAAGGUGGUGCAGCUGGAGGAGCUGCUGGCCGUCAGGCACUCUGUCUUCAUCAUCGGCAACGCCGGCACUGGCAAGAGCAAGGUGCUCCGCUCAUUGAUAAAGACUUACCAGACACAGAAGAGGAGGCCAGUCAUGGUGGAUCUGGAUCCCAAGGCUGUGACCUGUGACGAGCUGUUUGGAAUCAUCAAUCCAGCCACCAGAGAGUGGAAGGACGGUCUGUUCUCAUGCAUCAUGAGGGACUUGGCCAACGUCGCUCAUGACGGACCAAAGUGGAUCGUUUUGGACGGAGACAUCGACCCCAUGUGGAUUGAGUCUCUGAACACGGUCAUGGACGACAACAAGGUGCUGACGCUGGCCAGUAACGAGCGUAUUCCACUGAACCCCACCAUGCGCCUGGUGUUUGAGAUCAAGGACCUGCGUACUGCCACGCCUGCCACUGUGUCUCGAGCUGGCAUCCUCUUCAUCAACCCUGCUGACCUGGGGUGGAACCCAGUGGUGACCAGCUGGGUUGAGACGCGUGAGGUCCAGUCGGAGAAGGCCAACCUCUCCAUCCUGUUUGACAAAUACCUGCCGGCGUGCCUGGAGAAACUCCGCUUCGGCUUCAAGAAGAUCACGCCCAUUACGGAGGGCACCAUGGUGCAGAAUCUACUCUACUUCAUGGAGUGCCUGCUGACCCCGGAGAACACGCCGCCGGACUCCCCCAAGGAGCUCUACGAGCUCUACUUUGUCUUUGCCUGCGUCUGGGCCUUUGGAGGAGCAAUGUUCCAAGAUCAGCUCACUGACUACAGAGUGGAGUUCAGCAAAUGGUGGGUGAACGAGUUCAAGACCAUCAAGUUCCCAUCCAACGGAACCGUCUUUGACUACUACAUCGAUAGGGAUUCGAAGAAGUUCGCCCCGUGGACAGAGAAAGUUCCCAAUUUCCAGCUGGACCCGGAACUACCUCUGCAGGCGUCUCUGGUGCACACGAUGGAGACCAUCCGUAUCCGCCUCUUCAUGGACAUGCUGAUGGAGCGCAAGCGGCCCAUCAUGCUGGUGGGCAACGCCGGCAGCGGCAAGUCUGUGCUGAUGGGCGACAAGCUGCGCAGCCUGAGCACAGACAGCUACGUGGUGCAGUCUGUCCCCUUCAACUUCUACACCACCUCCGCCAUGUUACAAGCCAUCUUGGAAAAGCCACUUGAGAAGAAAGCAGGUCGAAACUACGGUCCACCCGGCAACAAAAGCCUCAUCUUCUUCAUCGAUGACAUGAACAUGCCAGAGGUGGACAAAUACUUCACUGUAGCGCCGCACACGCUCCUUCGCCAGCACAUGGACCACGGACACUGGUAUGACAGAGCUAAGCUGACCCUGAAGGACAUCCACAACUGCCAGUAUGUGGCCUGCAUGAACCCUACUGCAGGGAGCUUCACCAUUGACCCAAGACUUCAGAGGCACUUUGUUGUAUUUGCUGUGAGUUUCCCUGGACAGGAUGCUCUCUACAGCAUCUACAACAGCAUUUUCUCCCAGCAUCUAGAAAUGUCAGGUUUCGCCCCGGCUUUGAAGAAGUUCUGCCCGACCCUCGUCACGGCAGCGUUAACAUUUCACAAGAGCAUGUCAGUAACAUUCUUACCAACUGCCGUAAAAUUCCACUAUGUGUUCAACCUGAGAGACCUCUCCAACAUAUUCCAGGGUUUGCUUUUCUGCAGUGCUGGAUGUGCCAAAACCCCACCUGAGCUUGUGCGCAUCUGGCUGCAUGAGUGCAACCGAGUCUAUGGUGACAAACUUACAGAUGAAGCAGACAUGGUGACCUUUGAGAAAUUGCAGGAGGCUACCUGCAAGAAAUGUUUUGAGGAUAUGGCUACAAACUUUCUAUUCGAGAAACCCAACAUCUACUGUCAUUUUGCCAAGGGUAUUGGGGAUCCCAAGUAUUUCCCUGUUGACAGCUGGGGUUCAUUGAACAAGCUGCUGGUGGAAGCCCUGGAUAGCUACAAUGAAGUGAAUGCAGUCAUGAAUCUGGUGCUGUUUGAGGACGCCAUGUCCCACAUCUGCAGGAUCAACCGCAUUCUGGAGAGUCCUCGAGGCAACGCCCUGCUGGUGGGAGUGGGGGGCAGCGGGAAGCAGUCUCUCUCCAGACUGGCAGCCAGUAUCAGCAACCUGGAGGUCUUCCAGAUCACCCUGAGGAAGGGCUAUGGCAUCCCUGAUCUCAAGCUGGACCUGAAUGCCCAGUACAUGAAGGCGGGCGUGAAGAACGUGGGCACGGUGUUCCUGAUGACCGACUCCCAGGUGGCCGAGGAGGAGUUCCUGGUGCUCAUCAACGACCUCUUGGCCUCGGGAGAGAUCCCUGGACUCUUCCAGGACGACGAGGUGGAGAAGGUCAUCGGGGCCAUGCGCAACGAGGUCAAGAACGUCGGCCUGCAAGACACCAGGGAGAACUGCUGGAAGUUUUUCAUCGACAGAGUGAGAAAGCAACUGAAGGUGAUCCUGUGUUUCUCCCCUGUGGGUUCCACUCUGAGGGUGCGUGCUAGGAAAUUCCCUGCUGUAGUCAACUGCACCUCCAUCGACUGGUUCCAGGAGUGGCCAGAGGAGGCGCUGGUGUCUGUCAGUGCUCGCUUCCUCUCAGAGACAGAGGGCAUUAUGCCGGAGAUCAAGGACUCCCUCAGCCUGUUCAUGGCUUUCGUCCACAAGACGGUGAACGACAUGUCUAAGUCCUACUUGAUGUCGGACCGCCGCUACAACUACACCACCCCCAAGACCUUCCUGGAGCAGAUCAAGCUGUACCAGCUGCUGCUCAGCAUCAAGAGGUCUGAGCUGCUCUCCAAGAUGGAGCGGCUGGAGAACGGCCUGACCAAACUCCAGACUACAUCUGCACAGGUGGACGACCUGAAAGCGAAGUUGGCAGUCCAGGAGGUGGAGCUGAAACAGAAGAAUGAAGACGCUGACAAACUAAUCAAGGUGGUGGGUGUGGAGACGGAGAAGGUCUCCAAAGAGGCAGCCAUUGCUAAUGAGGAGGAGUUGAAAGUGCAGGUCAUUGCCAAGAAUGUCGGGGAGAAGCAGAAGUCUUGUGAGGAGGACCUUGCGAAAGCUGAGCCUGCCUUGCUGGCUGCACAGGAGGCCUUGAACACCCUCAACAAGAACAACCUGACUGAGUUGAAGUCGUUCGGCUCUCCGCCAGAGGCUGUGGUAAACGUCACCGCUGCGGUCAUGAUCCUCCUGGCCCCCGGCGGCAAGGUCCCCAAAGAUAAGAGCUGGAAAGCUGCAAAGAACAUGAUGGCCAAAGUGGACUCCUUCCUGGAGCAACUUAUCAACUACAAAAAAGAGAACAUCCCAGAGACUUGCAUGAAGGCUUUCCAGCCUUUCAAGAAUGACCCCACGUUUGAGCCAGAUUUCAUUAGGUCCAAAUCCAUUGCGGCUGCCGGACUUUGUUCUUGGUGUAUCAACAUUGUGAAAUUCUACGAGGUCUACUGCGAUGUGGAGCCCAAGAGACAGGCCCUGGCGCAGGCCAACGCCGAGUUGGCUGCUGCCCAGGAGAAACUGUCCGUCAUCAAGGCUAAAAUAGCGCAAUUAAACGCCAAUUUGGCGAAGCUUACUGCAGCUUUUGAGAAAGCAACAUCAGACAAACUGAAGUGUCAACAGGAAGCAGAUGCGACUAAUCAAACCAUCUCCCUGGCUAACAGGCUAGUUGGUGGUCUGGCAUCUGAGAAGGUGCGUUGGUCCGAGUCCGUGGCCGAGUUUAAGAUCCAGGAGAAAACACUAAGUGGCGACGUGAUGCUGACUACAGCCUUCGUGUCAUACGUGGGCUAUUUUACCAAGAGCUACCGCACAGACCUCAUGGACAAAUACUGGCUGCCCUACCUCAACGAGCUCAAGGUGCCCAUCCCAAUCACAGAGGGUCUGGACCCCCUAUCUCUGCUGACAGACGAUGCUGACAUUGCAGCCUGGAGCAACCAGGGCCUGCCGAGCGACCGCAUGUCCAUCGAGAACGCCACCAUCCUGUGCAACACAGAGCGCUGGCCCCUCAUCGUGGACGCGCAGCUACAGGGCAUCAAGUGGAUCAAAAACAAGUUUGGAGACGACCUCAAAAUAAUCAGGCUUGGCCAGAAAGGUUAUUUGGAUGUCAUAGAGAUGGCAGUGUCCAAUGGAGACACGCUGCUGAUUGAGAACAUUGGGGAGUCAGUGGAGCCAGUGCUGGACCCCCUGCUGGGGAGAAACACCAUCAAGAAGGGAAAGUACAUUCGUAUUGGUGACAAGGAAGUGGAAUACCAUCCAAAUUUCCGACUCAUUCUGCACACCAAGUACUUCAACCCUCAUUACAAGCCUGAGAUGCAGGCCCAGUGCACGCUGAUCAACUUCCUGGUGACGCGUGACGGCCUUGAGGACCAGCUGCUGGCCGCUGUGGUGGCGAAAGAGAGGCCUGACCUGGAGGAGCUCAAGGCAGAUUUGACUAAGCAGCAGAACAACUUCAAGAUUGUGCUGAAACAGCUGGAAGACUCUCUGCUGGCCCGUCUCUCUGCUGCCUCUGGAAACUUUUUAGGAGACACUGCUCUGGUGGAGAACCUCGAGACCACCAAGCGCACUGCCACAGAAAUUGAGGAGAAGGUGCGAGAAGCUAAGAUCACUGAGGUGAAGAUCAAUGAGGCCAGAGAGAACUACAGGCCAGCCUCCAUCAGGGCUGCACUGCUCUACUUCAUCCUCAAUGACCUCAACAAGAUCAACCCCAUAUAUCAGUUUUCACUCAAGGCUUUCAGUGUGGUAUUUGACGUGGCCAUCAUGCGUACUGAACCAGCCGAGGAAGUGAAGCAGAGGGUGAACAACCUGAUUGAUGAAAUCACCUACUCAGUGUUCAUGUACACCAACCGCUCACUUUUUGAGAAGGACAAGCUGACGUUCAUCGCUCAAGUUGCUUUCCAGAUUCUGGUAAUGAAGAAGGAGAUUAACCCUGUUGAGCUGGACUUCCUCCUGAGGUUCCCAUUCAAAGCAGGAUUGGGCUCUCCUGUGGACUUCCUGUCCAAUCAGGCCUGGGGUGGUAUCAAGUCCUUGGCUGAGAUGGACGAGUUCAAGAAUUUGGACCGUGACAUAGAGGGCUCUGCCAAACGCUGGAAGAAGUUUGUGGAGUCGGAGGCUCCGGAGAAGGAGAAGUUCCCUCAGGAGUGGAAGAACAAGACAGGCCUUCAGAAGCUCUGCAUGCUGAGAUGCCUCCGACCUGACAGGAUGUCCUACGCUGUCACGACCUUUGUGGAGGAGAAGAUGGGCACCAAGUAUACAGAGGGCCGCAGUGUGGAGUUCUCCGUGUCCUAUGGGGAGAGCAGCUCUUCCACACCAAUCUUCUUCAUUCUGUCUCCUGGUGUCGACCCACUGAAGGACGUGGAGGCACUUGGAAAGAAGUUGGGAUUCACUUUCGACAACGGGAAGUUCCACAACGUGUCUCUGGGUCAGGGCCAGGAGGUCGUUGCUGAGGCUGCACUUGACAAGGCAGCUGUGGAGGGACAUUGGGUCAUUUUACAGAACAUCCACCUGGUGGCCAAGUGGCUGAGCAGCCUGGACAAGCGCGUGGAGCGCUACAGCAUCGGCAGCCACGAGGACUACCGCGUGUACAUGAGCGCUGAGCCGGCCCCCACGCCAGAGGGACACCUCAUCCCACAGGGCCUCCUGGAGAACGCCAUCAAGAUCACCAACGAGCCGCCCACCGGCAUGUUCGCCAACCUCCACAAAGCCCUCUACCUCUUCAACCAGGAUACACUGGAGAUGUGCUCCAAAGAGUCAGAGUUCAAGGUCAUCCUCUUCACUCUCUGCUACUUCCACGCGGUGGUGGCUGAGAGGCGCAAGUUCGGAGCUCAGGGCUGGAACAGGUCGUACCCCUUCAACAACGGAGACCUCACCAUCUCCAUCAACGUGCUCUACAAUUACCUGGAGGCUAAUAACAAGGUGCCCUGGGAUGACCUGCGUUAUUUGUUUGGAGAGAUCAUGUAUGGAGGCCACAUCACAGAUGACUGGGACAGGAAGCUGUGUAGGACGUACCUGGAGGAGUACGUGAAGGCAGAGAUGCUGGAGGGGGAAGUGUGUCUCGCGCCGGGCUUCCCCGUGCCCCCCAACUCAGACUACAAGGGUUACCAUGGGUACAUUGAUGAGAUGCUGCCAGCGGAGAGCCCCUACCUGUAUGGCCUGCACCCCAACGCUGAGAUCGGCUUCCUGACCAUCACCUCAGAGAAGCUCUUCCGCACCAUCCUGGAGCUGCAGCCCAAAGACUCCAGCGCUGCAGGAGCAGGGGGAGUGUCCCGAGAGGAGAAGGUAAAGGGCAUACUGGACGAGAUCCUGGAGAAGCUUCCAGACGCUUUCAAUAUGGUGGAGAUCAUCGCCAAGGCGGAGGAGAAGACUCCCUUCAUCAUCGUGGUGUUCCAGGAGUGCGAGAGGAUGAACUUCCUGACGAUGGAGAUCUCACGUUCCCUUAAGGAGCUCAACCUGGGUCUCAAGGGUGAGUUGACGAUCACCACAGACAUGGAGGACUUGGGAAAUGCCCUGUUCUUAGACACGGUACCAGAGUCCUGGAACAAGCGUGCCUACCCAUCACUUAUGGGAUUGGGAGGCUGGUACGCAGAUCUACUGCUCAGGAUUAAGGAGCUGGAGGCGUGGACGGCUGACUUUGCGAUGCCGCCGGUGGUGUGGCUGGCCGGCUUCUUCAACCCCCAGUCCUUCCUGACUGCCAUCAUGCAGACCAUGGCCCGCAAGAACGAGUGGCCCCUGGACAAGAUGACCCUGGCGGUGGAGGUGACCAAGAAGAACCGCGAGGACAUGACCACGCCGCCCCGAGAGGGAGCCUACGUCCACGGCCUCUUCAUGGAGGGUGCUCGCUGGGACACCCAGUCGGGCGUGAUCUGCGACGCGCGUCUGAAGGAGCUGACCCCGGUCAUGCCCGUCAUCUUCAUCAAGGCCAUCCCCGUGGACCGCCAGGAGACCAAGAACGUCUACGAGUGUCCCGUCUACAAGACACGCAUCCGCGGCCCCACCUACAUCUGGACCUUCAACCUGAAGACCAAAGAGAAGCCGGCUAAGUGGGUGCUGGCCGCCGUCUGCCUGCUGCUCAGUGUCUGAGCACCACGCAGAAGGAGGCCAGACAAGCGUCCUCAAACGCGCUCUUCAAACAUUAAAAUCACACACUGCAUAACAAACGUCACUUUAUUAUCAAAUUAAUCAAAUUUAAUUUGGUUUGUUGUGGCCACAUGAUUGAUGUGUCGUAUUUAAAUUGACGGUACCUUUUUUUA